CGAUAAUAUGAAGGAGUGUGUCCUGUUGUUUAGCCGAUACGCUAUCGUACUCUUUCUCUUAAUGGCUUGAUAAAAUAAAGUAUUGCUAGUUAUAUGUGUAGUCGUUUGUCUGUCCUUGAAAUAUAAAAAUAAUAAAAUCGGUAAUCGAUUGAAUUCAAGACUUUGAUUUUGACAGAGUUUAAGACAUGCUGACCGGGAAGUAAAUGUUGUGCAAUUCAAAAUGUGUGCAGAUAGUUUUAGUGAGUUAAAAUACUAAUUAAACGUUAUUUUAUUAACCUUACACUGUUUAAAUGGAGUUUCACGAGAGCUGAUGGAGUGGGAACAGCUUGAUCUGAAUCCAAGGAUUAUUGCUGCUGUUAAAAAAGUCAAUUUUAGAUCAGCCAAGGAGAUCCUCUGUGUUUCUGGUCCGGAUUUGCAGAGACUGACACGCUUGUCAAAGACUGAUGUUCAGAGGUUGCUUUGUGCUGUAGCGGCUGCUGUCCGCAAGUCCAAGCCGGUCACAGCUUUACAGCUGAUCCGGGGAGAAUGUCCUGUUUUGGAGGCCGGACACAGGCUCUCUUUUGCCUGCCCCGUUCUGGACGGUCUGAUGCGCGGUGGUCUCCCGUUACGAGGAAUAACGGAGCUGGCAGGCGAGAGUUCUGCUGGGAAAACUCAGUUCUGUUUGCAGCUUUGCCUGUCUGUCCAGUAUCCGCAGGAAAACGGAGGACUUAAUUCAGGAGCUGUUUAUAUUUGCACUGAGGAUUCUUUCCCUAUCAAACGACUACGGCAACUCAUUACCCAACAGCCCCAGCUCAGACCAGAUCUGCCACCAGCUCUGAUCCGCAGUCGGCAUUUUUGCGACAACAUCUACAUUGAGCAUGCAGCUGACCUGGAGGCUCUGCGGGCGUGUGUGUCUCAGCGUGUGCCCGUGCUGCUGAAGCGAGGGCUGGUCAGACUGCUGGUGGUGGACUCUGUGGCGGCUCUGUUUCGCAGUGAGUUCCAGGCUGAUGAGGCUGUGCAGAGGUCACGCCACCUGCUGGCAUUUUCCAAUACACUUCACCGCCUGAGUCAUGAAUAUGGUGCACCUGUAGUCUGCGUCAACCAGGUUACAGAUGUUGUGGACGGACCAAACCCAGGGAGGUGUGACUAUGGACUGGUGGACAGUAAGGUGCUUCCUGCAUUGGGCAUCGCUUGGGCCAACCAGGUGAUGGUGAGACUCAUGCUCAGGAGACUGGCGGGGCAAGUACAAUCAGACAGGCGAAGUAGCGCUCCCCGAAAAUUAGAAGUGGUUUUCGCCCCACACCUCCCUCGAGCGAGCUGCCUGUGUGGGGUUUGGGAAGAAGGAGUGAGAGGGAUCCCUGAUGACCAUUCAGACCUGCAGCCACAGGGCUCUUCAUGAUGAAUUAUCUGCAAAAGGAGCAGAUGGACAGGACUACUUAAAACACAACAAGGCAGUUAACAGCUGCUAAUGGACAUAAAUGUUUAUAAAGGACAGUUGAAUGUUUUUGUGAGGAAUGGCUAAAUUUAUACCAUUUGAAAUGAAUGCACAUUAUUUUUAAUACACAAUUCUUACAGGUAUUAUGUGCAAAUAAUUUUGUAAAAUCUAAUCCUAUUUUUAUAAUAAUUGUAAUUUUUUUAUUAUUAUUAUUAUUUUGCCUUGGAUACAGAAUAAAUGUUUUCCUUAGA